UGAUUCAAAACAGAGAGUCAAGAAUAACGAGAGAGGCAGAAUAGAGGGAGUUCUAUUGUAUCUUCGUCAAAGAUGGCGAAGACCAAACAAAAGGAUAUAAUUAAGUGACAAAUACGUCCAAAUUGUUUGCGAUAUUGCGAUUGAUCGGAAAAACUCGUGCUUUGACAUUUGCCUUGACACAUUUUCCCUCCUAUAUAUACACGAAUAAAAUCUAAUCCGAUGUCCGAAUAUUUUGACUUAAUCUACCCGAGGUCGCAUUAUCAGAGCCAAACCGUGCGCGAUUCGAUUCUCCGUCCUUUUGAUUAUUAAAAUAAUCUACUUGCAGACGCACAAUGGCGGAUUCACUGCAUAAAGAUGGAUACGAAAAUUCAGGUAGUUUAGCUAUGCGUGCUAAUAGUGGUAAUAUAGGAUCGGACAGUGACAUGAAAUUGGAGCCAUCCAGUCCUACUGAAAAAUAUACGUUUUCUCGAUGUAGUAGCACGGGAUCGGUGAACACGCCGUCUUCAUCUGCUCAUAAUACAGAGGAUGAGGACAGCGAUAACAAAAAUUCCACCAUAAGCUACAAAGAGCGCAGGAGAGAAGCCCAUACGCAAGCUGAACAGAAGAGACGAGACGCUAUCAAGAAGGGCUAUGACUGUCUUCAAGACUUGGUUCCCACAUGUCAGCACACAGACUCAUCAGGUUAUAAGAUCUCCAAGGCUACGGUGCUUCAAAAAUCUAUUGAUUAUAUACAAUUUUUGCUGCAACAGAAGAAAAAGCAAGAAGAAGAACGUAAUGCUUUAAGGAAAGAAGUUGUUGCACUACGCAUUAUGCAAGCUAAUUAUGAGCAGAUCGUCAAAGCACAUCAGACGCAACCAGGACACGCGGAAAUGCGUGUUUCGGACGAGAUGAAGUUUCAAGUGUUUCAGGCAAUAAUGGAUCGUCUUUUUCAAACAUUCAAUAACGUGUCUGUAGCUAACUUUGCAGAAUUAUCUGCUUGCGUAUUCAGUUGGUUGGAGGAGCAUUGUAAACCUCAGACUCUGCGUGAAGUAGUACUUUCUGUACUGCAACAACUCAACAGUCAGAUUAACUAGUCAAAUGUAUCUCUAAGAAAGAUACACAAUGCACAAUCUUUCUGAAGAAUUCAUUAGCUUUGUGUAUCUGUUGAGAAUAUAUGUUAAUAACUAGGAAUAAUUUCAAGAUUAUGAAACAAACGUGUUGUUUCUUUGUUUUUCUAUUUUAUUAGUGAUAAUGAAGACUCAAUAAUUCGAGCAAGAUAAGCGAAAUUGAAAUAUUCAAAUUAUUUUACCAAAACGGAAAUGAGACAUAUUGGUUCUUUUAGCUGCAUUUUCUAUAUUAUUGUAUUUUUUUUUGGCGGUCUAGUUAAUACAUUUAUAAAUUUUAUGUUCCAUACAUUGUUAAAAAAGAUUUCAAGGUGUGAUCUCUUAAGCUGAUCUUUUUAAGUAGAUUUAUUGCAUAAUAGAAUUAAUUAUUUGAAUAUUAAUUCAUCAAUGUUUGAACAUACAUAACACAGACAAGCACAGAAUUUUUGAAUUCAUAUUAAAACUGUUGAUUUUUUUUUUAUACAUACAAAGUGAUUCACAAUUUAUAAAUAACAGAAAUGAUUAUAAUUUUGAAACACAUUGUAUUUAUAUAAUUUAUAUUAUUUUAUUUAAUAUCUCUUUUGUUUAUUUCUUUUUCUUUUUAUAUUUUGUGCGAAAUAAAUGCACUAAUAGAUAUUUAAUAGAUAUUUAAUGGUUUAUACGUAUAAUCAGAGUUUUAUAGUUUACAGUAGUGGUGGUAAAUUUAGAAAACCUUUCUGUAUGAUGAGAUCUUCAGAUCAAUUAUAUGUAAAGUUACCACAAAAGAGAUGCGCAUAUGUUGCAUAUGUUACAAAUAUAUAAUAUGUGUGAGAAAAAUAAAAAUAAAAGUUUAUUUUAUAUACAAUUAAUGGAUGUAAAUAUACAGAUAUGUGAUACAAGAUUGUUAUCAAUGACCAUACCGUUUUUAUUAGAUCUUUUAUUGCAUACAGUUUGCGAUAAAUAAAUGGCAUAUGAUGUAUAUAUGUGUGAACGUAUGUAUGUAUAUAUAACAGAUUUAUAAUAUAUAUUUACAAUGAACGAAUGUAUGCGCAGCCGAACUUUAAGUUUAUAUCUAACAUUGUUUCCUAAUUCCUAUAUAUAUAUAUUUUAAUUAAUAUUCUUUUUAAAAACACGAGAGGUUUAUUGAAAAUAUUUAUACAUACAUACAUACAUACAUAUAUAUAUAUAUAUAUAUAUAUAUAUAUAUAUAUAUAUAUAUAUAUAUAUCCUUAAUAUUAUCUUCUCAUCAUGAUUUAAAAUUUUACAUUUUGUAUUAUUUUACGAUUACAAUUAUUACUGCAAAA